UCGUACAUAGAAGAGCUUAAUCUCUAUUACAAUACGGCAAUUUGCCCUCAGUUGUGAGAUCAGACAUGGCGUCCUCAUUGAUUUGCAGUGAAACACAGAGCAGAGUAAGCUCGGUUUUAAACAGAGAUGUCAAGCAAUUUGGGAAGAAGUACAUGUUUGACUCAAAUGAAGAAACUUGCUGGAACUCUGACCAGGGUGAUUCUCAGUGGGUUACUCUUGAAUUCCCACAGCCCGUCAGAGUGUCAGAAUUAAAGGUGCAGUUCCAAGGAGGCUUUUCAGGAAAAACAUGCAGAUUGGAAGGAAGCCCAAAAGCUGGAGAACUGGCAAACACCACACAUUUUUACCCCGAAGACAACAGCUCACUACAAAGCUUUCCCAUUCAGGAGGCCCACAUGGUGCACAGGCUAAAAAUAGUGUUUGAGAACAGUGCUGACUUUUUUGGGCGAAUAAUUGUUUACUCCUUGGAUGUCCUGGGGGAAAGAGCUUUGUGACGUUUUUGUUUCUGCAUGAGAGAGAGCAAGACCUACAGGGAAAGAGGGUGUAGUACCAUUGAAUAACAUGACUGCUGGAAGACUGUACCACCCACAUGAACUUUGGAAUGGGAACCAUAUCUGACUAUUUUUGGUGAGGACAUUUUUAGUUGGUCACCUGCUUGCAUCACAGAAACAACAAGGGGAUAAAGGAGGACUCUGGAUCUGGAUUUUUAUUGCAGCUUUACAGGCUUUAAGGUCACGUAACCACAUGCCUAUUGAAAUGUUCUUGUGCCUUAUUUGAUUUGCCAUUCCAAAUGAACAUUGUAAAAUUCUUAAGCAAUUUGUUUUUAUUUGU